GGCGUGACCAUCAUAUAUAUAUACAUUCCUUCUUAGUUUUGAUUAAUGUGAACAUUAUAUAAACAUUAAUAUUGGACGAUCUCAAACUCAAAUUAUGAUUAACUUGGCAGGUACAUAGUUGAGGAUUGACCUUAAUUAUCGUGAACGAUCUUAAUUUCUUCUUUUGAUCAAUUGUUUCAAGCACUUCAGUGAAGAUCUCUUGUGUGAGAUUCACAAUCCAAUGGACGAGAAUGGAUGUUCCAACGAGCCCAACAACAAGUGGAAGAUGCCUCUCUUUGUUUUCUUCAGAGAUGCGAGGAAUGUUUCCAAGUUGGAUGCUCUUUCUCGGGAGAUACUAGGGAUUGCAUUCCCCUCGGCACUGGCUAUUGCUGCUGAUCCCAUUGCUUCUCUCAUAGACACAGCAUUCAUAGGUCAUUUAGGAUCGGUGGAACUUGCUGCUGCCGGAGUUUCCAUUGCUUUGUUCAACCAAGCUUCAAGGAUUACCAUAUUCCCUCUGGUCAGCAUUAUCACUUCCUUUGUGGCUGAGGAAGAUACUAUUGAAAAGAUGAAUACCAAAGCAACCCAAAAUGGUAAUAAGACUAAGUUCAGCGAAGCAAUUGUGCCGGAGGAUCAUAUGCUUCAAGACAUAGAGAAUAUUGAGGCUCCAACAGAAUCUAUGGAAGAAAAGGAUGAACCAAAGGAAUAUGUGGAAAAUAAUGUUACGGGGAACAAUGACAUCAAAAAUGGAGAUGGAGGCAAUGCAAAUAUAUGCAAGUUUUGGUGGGUUACUAGCAGUAUGAAGAGUAAGGAGAAACUUGGAAAGAAAAAGCGACAUAUUGCUUCAGCAUCAACCGCACUACUUUUUGGCACAAUCCUUGGCCUCAUUCAAGCUGCAGUUCUUAUAUUUGCAACCAAACCUCUGUUAGGUGUCAUGGGUGUGAAACGAGAUUCUCCUAUGUUAAACCCUGCAGAGAAGUACUUAAGAUUGAGAUCGUUCGGAGCACCUGCAGUACUUCUCUCCUUGGCCAUGCAAGGCAUCUUCGGAGGGUUCAAGGAUACAGCAACUCCUUUAUAUGUCAUCGUUUCGGGAUAUUCGUUGAAUGUCAUAUUGGACCCGAUUCUUAUUUUCACAUUGAAAUUAGGCAUCGAAGGUGCAGCCAUUGCACAUGUUCUCUCCCAGUACAUGAUGGCUUUCACUCUCUUAUUGAUAUUAAUGAAAAAAGUGCAUCUCCUACCUCCAAGCAUAAAGGAUUUGCAGAUUUUCCGAUUUCUUAAAAAUGGAGGAUUUUUGAUGCUAAGAGUAAUAGCAGUGACAUUUUGUGUGACCUUGGCAGCAUCAUUGGCAUCAAGGCUAGGUUCAAUUCCUAUGGCAGCAUUUCAAACAUGCUUACAGGUCUGGUUGACAUCGUCCCUCCUAGCAGAUGGUUUGGCUGUUGCUGUUCAGUCAAUUCUAGCUUGUUCUUUUGCCGAGAAAGACCAUAAGAAAACAACAGCAGCUGCAACAAGGACACUGCAAAUGAGUUUUGUUCUAGGAGUGGGGCUCUCUCUUGCUGUUGGACUUGGAUUAUACUUUGGAGCUGGAGUGUUUUCAAGAAAUGUUCAUGUUGUGCACUUAAUUAAAAUAGGCAUCCCGUUUGUGGCUGCUACUCAACCAAUCAAUUCAUUAGCCUUUGUAUUUGAUGGAGUGAACUAUGGUGCUUCUGAUUUUGCAUAUUCAGCAUACUCUCUGGUUCUGGUGUCACUAGUAAGUGUAGCUACAGAACUCCUUCUCUACAGGACCAAACAUUUCGUUGGGAUUUGGAUUGCACUAACCAUCUAUAUGACUCUUCGCAUGUUGGCUGGUGUGUGUAGGAUGGGAACUGGGACAGGACCUUGGCGCUAUCUAAGAGGUCGCUCAUUGCCUUAAGAAUAUCUAAUCAUCAGAGAAAUUUUGUUGUCGAGUAGUAUAUGUUUUGUAUCACAUUCUCACUUUUCCCCAUAUCCAUAUAUAUGGACUUUAUUAUUCUUUUAC